CGCAGGGGUAGCCGUUGAGCAGGCGGCGGAUUUUCUGGGCCCGGGGCUGUGGCAGGCGCUCCCCGGGGGCGGAAAGCGGUUUUCUUUGAGAUAUGGUCUCACUGUGCUGCCUGAGCUGGCCUUGAGUUCUGGGCUCAGGCGGUCCUCCCACCUCAGCCUGCCAAGUAGCUGGGAGUACAGGUGUGCAGCACUCUGUUUCUCUAGUUCCUGAUACAUGAAGAGCAGUUUUUGUGGCGUCUUGAAAGCCCCACAGCAUGGACCUGCAGGUCACUCUGAAUGUAACUUUUAGAAAUGAGACACAAAGCUUUCUGGUUUCUGAUCCAGAAAACACAACUUGGGCCGAUGUGGAAGCUAUGGUAAAAGUUUCUUUUGAUCUGAACACUGUCCAAAUAAAGUACCUGGAUGAAGAGAAUGAAGAGAUAUCCAUCAACAGUCAAGGAGAAUACGAAGAAGCACUUAAGAUGGCAGUCAAGCAGGGAAACCAGCUACAGAUGCAAGUCCACGAAGGGCGCCCACACCCCACCUCAACACUGGCCCCGGCCCCGGCCCUGCCGGGUGCAGGAAAACACGAGGCCUCCAGGCCAGGGAAGAAGCAGCUUGUGCACUACUCCUCUGUGGCAAGAGUCGUGGGUUCAGACCUGAGACGCCCCAGGGAGCCGGCACCCCAGCCAUUUCCACUUGCUCCGGGUGAUGCAGACCACGCCCAGGAUGGGCCUCCGGACUGGUUCACAAGCUACCUGGAGACCUUCCGAGAGCAGGUCGUUAGAGAGACAGUCGAGAAGCUGGAACAGAAGCUGCAGGAGAAGCUGGUCCUCCAGAGCCCGUCCUUGGGCUCCUGUGCCUCCGACGUCUCCGUGCCUGCUGCAGGGGACACCCUGUUCCUGCCGGAAAACCUGUUCAGCUGGCACAUUGCUUGCAGCAGCUGCCGCCAGAGGAUCGUGGGCGUGCGCUACCAGUGCAGCCUGUGCCGGUCCUACAACAUCUGCGAGGACUGCGAGGCGGGCCCGUACGCCCAUGACGCUAACCAUGUGCUGCUCAAGCUGCGGAGACCCGUCCUGGGCACCUCAGAGCUGGCUUCCCACACAAAGCCCUCUGCUCCUCGUCUCCCGGCUGCCCUGGAACAAGUCAGGCUCCAGAAACAGGUUGAUAAGAACUUUCUCAAAGCAGAAAAGCAAAGAUUGCGAGCUGAGAAGAAACAGCGGAAAGCAGAGGUCAAAGAGCUUAAAAAGCAGCUUAAACUCCACAGAAAGAUUCACCUGUGGAACUCGAUCCAUGCACUUCAGAGCCCCAAGUCCUCUCUGGGCCGGGCCGAGAGCUUGCUGCAGCCCAGCGCCCUGAGGCUCCCUGCCCAGCCCGGGGCCCUGGUCCUGCCGACCUUCAGCGCAGCCUUCGUGGAUGAGAACUUGCCGGAUGGGACUCGCCUCCAGCCAGGCACCAGGUUCAUCAAACACUGGAGGAUGAAGAACACGGGGACCGUGAACUGGAGCACGGACACGAAGCUCAAGUUCAUGUGGGGGAACCUGACGCUGGUGUCUGCUGGGAAGAAGGAUGUCCUGGUACCCUUCCUGGAGGCUGGCCACGUGGGCGUGGUGUCCGUGGAGUUCGUCGCCCCGGCCCUGGAGGGGACAUACACAUCCCACUGGCGCCUGACUCAGAGCGGCCGGCAGUUCGGGCCCCGGGUCUGGUGCAGCAUUGUCGUGGACCCCUCUGCACCUGCAGAGAGCCUGAGCAACAGCAGCGAGGGCGCAAGCGGCCAGCAGGAGGAGGCCUUUCUCGUGGGUGGAGGAGAAACCCCGAUGAGCGAAGUGACUGCGGGGACAGGAGGGACAGGGGCCUGCAUCCUGCAGAAGACAAAAAUUGCAGCCGGCAGGGAGAGGGAGCUCUACAUCCCAUCCGUGGACCUGCUGAGUGCGCAGGACCUGCUGUCCUUCGAGCUGCUGGACAUGAACAUCGCACGGGAGCUGGAGCGCGUGCCCCACAACACACCCGUGGAUACGACUCCUUGCAUGUCCCCACUGCCCCAUGACGGUCCUUUCCUGGAGAAGCCAGGCUUGGGGCAGAUCCAGGAGGAGAGCGAAGGGGCGGGACGGAAGGCGCCUCCAGGUCCCACGGCUCCUGAGAAGAGGAGGGCAGAGACCGCUGCCUCGGGGGAGGACACAGAAGAAGACCUGAGCGGGACCCAGUUUGUGUGUGAGACCGUCAUCCGCUCCCUGACCCUGGACGCGGCCCCGGACCACAACCCGCCCUGCAAACAGAAGGCCCUGCAGCGUCGGUCCCUUCGUCCCUCAGUGAGCUUCACCUUGCCUGAGGAGGGAUUGCUGGGAGCCGAGGAGGAGGAAGAGGAGGAGGAGGAGGAGGAGACAGAGGAGGAGGGGCUGGGAGACGAGGUGCAGAGCCAGCCCCCCUGCUCCCUGGAGGACUACGUCAUCAUCCUGCCCGAGUGCUUCGACACCAGCCGCCCCCUCGGGGACUCCGUGUACAGCUCCGCGCUCUCACAGCCGGGGCUGGAGGCCGGGCAGGAGCCCAUCGAGGCCGAGGCUGGGGCUGGGGCCGGAACCUCGGCGACACUCACUGCAGGGGAGAGUCCGUCGCAGGGGCACAGCCUCAGCGACGUCCUCGCCAUCUCACAGACUCUGGACGCCGUGUCCCUGGCCCCCGAGAUGGUGGGGCUGCCGCCAGCGCCACCCAGGCAAUCUCUGUCUGCACAGCAUGGCCCCCUGGCAGUGGAUGCCCCGGCUGCCACCCCAGAAGCCUCUGCAGCCCCCAGUCAGGUCGGAGCAGAGCCCAGAGGCUGCCCGGGGCCUGUGAACAGCAGGCAGAAGAGCUGCGACCACACAAGGCACCCGCACGGAAGCAGCAUCGCAGGAGGGCUGGUGAAGGGGGCCUUGUCCGUCGCCGCCUCUGCAUACAAGGCCCUGUUUUCUGGGCCCCCAGUGACUGCACAGCCUGUAGUUUCUGAGCACCAGACCGCGGCCCUGAUGGCUCACCUCUUUGAAAUGGGCUUCUGCGACCGGCAGCUGAACCUCCGGCUGCUGAGGAAGCACGACUACAGCCUCCUGCAGGUGGUGACCGAGCUCCUGCAGAUCAGCAACAACGACUGGUACAGCCACCGCUACUGACCGCACCACAGCAGGAGCCUGCUCCCUGGGGCUCGGCGGAGGCCCGAGCUCGCAUUUUAAUCUGAUCGCUCUCUAGAGCCCUUCAUUGAAUUUCCAAGACAGUAUCUGCUACAGUAUUUUUUGAAGCAAAUCAAAGACCAGUACUGCACUUUCGGAACUGAUGACUGGUCAGAAGAUAGUUUCUCAGUUGAUUUGGAUCAGAUGCCUCCAUUUUUAGUGCAUUGAAGAGUGUCCCGAACUUCCUGUAGAACCGUUUUCUCUGUGCUUGUCCCAAAGUUGGGUACUUUCCUCUGGCUCAUGUGGAUGUUUUUAAUGGGGAUACCUGUUGUCAGUCUUCAAAAGAAAUUAGCCUUGGGGUUUGUUUUCACCAAUUCUGCGGGUUCUGUGACCAACCCGAGGCCCCGCACCACGUGGUGACGGGGUACAGCACAGGCGGCUCUAGCGCUGGGGCUCAGGGGUGCCCUGGUAGGGAGCUUGCAGACAUCUGCCCUGACGAAGAGAAACUUAGUGUGAGAUACUUGGAUGGUCGUGUAGAAAAGGGAAAACCCCACCUAUUACGGGAAAAGUAAAUCUGACAGUUGUCCUCUUUCCGAGUGUCACGGAGGAUCCUGCCUUCCUGGAGUGGCGGGUGGGCGGCCGGCUCCGUGAGUCUCGGGCUGGGCGGCGGUGCUGCCCUCCCCAGAGCGUCCGAACCCCUGGGGCAGGGAGGAGCCUGGAGCGGCCAGGCCGCAAAGCCUGCAGUGGAGGGCAACACCCCCCGGCCCUCGCAGCUUCCAGAAGGACGGGCAGCAAGAGGAACCCCAGACCGCGGGGGCACGGAUAGUUAAAAUAGUAUUAUUUAACCUGGCUGGUAUUUAUAACGUGGCAGUUUUAAUUCAUCCAUUGUAAUGUUUAUUUCCAGUAUAACUCUUGAAUGCUACUAAAUAAACCGGAAUUCAGACUGCAGACCCGCCAGGCCCGCCCUCAUUUAAAACGCUGCUGUGGGCUCCUGGCGAUAGGGCUGAUUCCAGGGGGCCUUGCGUGUCCGGCCUUCCGCCGGCCGUCCUGACCC